AUGCUUAAUGUAAAACAACUUUAUCAAACAAUUGAGUCAAUGAUUUCAGUUAAUAUUGAACAAGUUACAAUUUGUACACAACAAGGAAAAGUAUUGACAUAUGCUGGAAGUGAUGAAGUACAUGCUGAAGUUAUUGCUUCUAUGUUUAGUCAACAAUUUAAUGAUGAAAUAUCAGUAAAAGAAAUUAUACUUCAUUAUGAAAAUGGACCAAUUUAUGUUACUCCAUUAUCACCAACAGUUUUUCUUGUAAUUAUAGGUUCAAGAAUUGCACAUUUAGGAUUAAUAGUUCAAAAAGCAAAAUUAGUGAAAGAAAUUAUUGGAAAUUCAUUAGAACAAUUUGUUAAAGAAGGAGAAGAAAGUAUUAAUUAA